CUAUUUGUUYAAUAAAAGAAAACGAAGACCAAGAAACGACGAAGACUCGGGGUACGASAUUGCAUUCCAAGGCUGUCAACAUGUGUAGUACUUGAACCGGAAGUCAUAAUCUUUAACCACGUGAUAGCAUGUGUUCUUGCUCGUGAGUUUCCGGUUUAUAGUUCACGGCAACACYAGACCUGACUUGGCUUGUCAAUGAAAAUUCAGCCUUUUACCCAGCAGAAUGGGUCUUUUGUGGCUCUUAACAGUCUUCUUGGGAAUUUUAGUUAUUCUAGUUUUCUACUUCACUCGUUUUUUUCAAAAGAGUAAAGUGGUUGAGUCAGUCUCCAUUCAGCAGAAGAUAAACUUCAUCAAGAAGAUAUCUCCACCAUGCCAUUCUAAAGGAUGGAGUAUUUUGGGUGUUGACAAUGGUCUGAGAAUCUGGAAGAAACAUGUUGACUCAGAAACAUUUCAAUGGUACACUGGGCAAACAGUUUAUGGCUGUACAUGUGUUAUACAGGCAAAUGUUAAGGAUAUUUUAACUGCACUACAAGACUUGAGAUAUAUUCCCGAGUGGGAUCCCUGUGUACAGGGUGUGAGUCGAGUGAGCACUGGAAAAGGACAUGAUGUGAUAUCUGGGACUCCUGUUUCCAUGGGAACAAUAGAACAUGUUACACUGAAAGUUAUUCAAAUGUUUGGAUGUGAUAUCACUUCAAUCUACUCAAGAUACUGGCACAGUAAUACCAUUAAUGAAGGGUGGUUCUUCAGCUCUUCAAUGCAGCAAGCUGUAUUUACUUCAGGAUUCCUGUGGUGUGGAGUGCUUAUAACACCAAUUAGCACAGCACCAACCGAAAAAUCUUUACAUAAGAUACAUUUGAUAACAGCGCCAACCAUAGACUAUGCAUUAAUGUCUGAUAUCAAGCUAUUUACCUCCAUUCGUCUUGCUGGUUUGAGGGAUUUCUUGACAAUUAAAUAUUCCGGUAAAGUGGUUGAAUGUUCCAAUGCAAUACKAAAUGGUCAUGAUGUCAAYAGCUCAAGUGAAAAUGAAGCYAAUAGAAGUGAUAAUAGAGUGGCUGAAGAAGAAGAGUCAGAGGAGUCAUUCUUUGAUGAGGUAGAGGGGUUGAGUGUUCCCAAUCAAGAAGACAAGAUUUCACUUGAGGACACCAUUAAGAAAAUACAGAAAAAUUGUAUGAAAGCAUUUAAUGCAGCUAUUGGAACUGAUGGAUGGACUUUCUUGGCGAAUAUUAAAGAUGUUGAGAUCACAAAAAGAUCUGCGCAAUCAGGGGAACCCCCGUGGGACACAUUGAAGGGUGUGGUAACAGUUAACGUACCUGUACAUUAUGCACUGGCUUAUGGGUUUGACCUCCAGUACCGCGGGGAAUGGGAUGAUCUGUAUGCAAGAGGAGAGAUCAUCAAAGAGUACAACCUUCUUACAAAGGUACCGAGGUUUCAUCUUUCUUAACUCCAUGAUCAUCCUGGGUUUCCCUUCUUCAUUCUAUUCACACUUAUCCCC